GUUAUUUUGUUGUUGUUGGCUGUCGGCGUUUAUUUUUUUUUUUGCACAAUUAAAGAAUUUCGUUUGCUGUUGCAAUUUAAUAAUUGUUAAUUUUACGCAUUAGUCAGAGAAACUGAAAGCAACAUGACGGAUGUCUUGGAGUACAGCGACAUCGAUUCGGAACUGCGCGGUGUCUUGUCUGCCGGCCGUCUGAAGCUCACCCAGCAGAACAUCACAUUUAAAAACACCAAAACUGGCAAGGUGGAGCAAAUAGCCGCCGAUGACAUUGAUCUGAUCAAUUCGCAGAAAUUUGUGGGUACCUGGGGCCUGAGGGUUUUCACCAAGAGCGGAGUUCUCCAUCGUUUCACCGGCUUUCGCGAUAGCGAACACGAGAAAUUGGGCAAAUUCAUAAAGGAUGCCUACUCGCAGGACAUGGUGGAGAAGGAGAUGUGUGUCAAGGGCUGGAAUUGGGGCACUGCUCGAUUCAUGGGCUCUGUCCUGAGCUUCGACAAGGACACUAAAACGAUAUUCGAAGUGCCCCUAGCACAUGUCUCGCAGUGCGUGACGGGCAAAAAUGAGGUUACCCUGGAAUUUCAUCAGAAUGAUGAUGCCCCAGUGGGUUUGCUUGAGAUGCGUUUCCAUAUACCAGCAGUGGAGUCGGCAGAUGAGGAUCCAGUUGAUAAAUUCCAUCAGAAUGUGAUGAACAAGGCUUCGGUUAUUUCGGCCUCAGGCGAAUCCAUUGCCAUAUUUCGGGAGAUACAGAUACUCACGCCACGUGGUCGCUACGACAUUAAAAUCUUCUCAACCUUCUUCCAGUUGCACGGCAAGACAUUUGAUUACAAGAUUCCCAUGGAUUCGGUGCUGCGUCUGUUCAUGCUGCCCCACAAGGAUAGCCGGCAAAUGUUCUUUGUACUGUCCUUGGAUCCGCCCAUUAAACAGGGUCAAACACGGUAUCAUUAUUUGGUCUUGUUGUUUGCACCCGAUGAGGAGACCACCAUAGAGUUGCCCUUCUCAGAGGCAGAGCUAAAGGAUAAAUACGAGGGCAAGUUGGAAAAGGAGCUAUCGGGUCCCGUCUACGAAGUAAUGGGUAAAGUGAUGAAGGUGUUGAUUGGCAGAAAGAUUACUGGACCGGGUAACUUUAUUGGUCACUCGGGAACAGCAGCAGUGGGCUGUUCGUUCAAGGCGGCAGCCGGUUAUCUCUAUCCCCUAGAACGUGGAUUUAUCUAUAUACAUAAGCCACCUCUUCACAUACGUUUCGAAGAGAUUAGCUCGGUGAACUUUGCCCGAAGUGGCGGCUCUACGCGUUCCUUUGAUUUCGAGAUCACCCUCAAGAAUGGCACUGUCCACAUCUUCUCAUCCAUUGAAAAGGAGGAGUAUGCCAAACUCUUUGAUUUCAUAACCAAGAAGAAGCUGCACGUCAGCAACAUGGGCAAGGAUAAGAGCGGCUAUAAGGAUGUGGACUUUGGUGAUUCGGAUAAUGAGAACGAGCCAGAUGCCUAUUUGGCGCGUCUGAAGGCUGAGGCCAGGGAGAAGGAGGAAGACGAGGAUGACGCCGAUGAUUCGGAUGAGGAGUCCACUGACGAGGACUUCAAACCCAAUGAAAACGAAUCAGAUGUGGCCGAUGAGUAUGACAGCAAUGUCCAGAGCGAUUCCGAUGACGACAGUGACGCCAGUGGCGGUGGCGGAGGAGGCGACAGCAGCGAAGGCAAAAAGAAGCACAAAGAAAAGAAGAAGGAGAAGAAAGAAAAGAAACACAAGGAGAAGGAGAGAACGAAAAAACCCACCAAGAAGAAGGACGACAACAAGCCGAAGCGAGCCACCACCGCAUUUAUGCUCUGGUUAAAUGAAACCAGGGAGCAAAUAAAGCGCGACUCUCCGGGUAUUAAGGUCACUGAAAUAGCCAAAAAGGGCGGUGAAAUGUGGAAGGAGCUGAAGGAUAAAUCGAAAUGGGAGAAUCUUGCCGCCAAGGAUAAGCAACGUUAUCAGGAUGAGAUGAAGAACUACAAGCCUGAGGCCAGUGGUUCUGGUGAUGGCGAUAAAUCAUCCAAGAAACGCAAAUCCGAUGUUUCACCCUCAAAGAAAUCAAAUACCUCAGGCAGUGGCUUCAAGAGCAAGGAAUACAUAUCCGAUGAUGAUUCCACAUCCUCAGAUGAGGCCAAAAAAUCCAGCAACAAGGAACCACCUAAAAAGAAGAACAAAUCAGGAGGAGAUGAUGCUGAUAAGAAGAAGUCUAAGAAGAAGGAGAGCGAAAGCGAAGCAGAGGCAACCGAUGAUGAGAGUGAGGAGGACACCGAAGAUGAUGAUGAUGAGGAUGAGGAUGAUGAUGGCAGCGAUUAAUUCCACAACAACAAAAUAUACCAUAGUUAUAGCUAUAGUUCUUUUUAAGAUCACUGUUAGAUACAGACCCAAAAAUCAUCCACAUAAAUAAUCUUGUUUAAUAAUAAUAAUUCAAAAAAUCCCUAUAUAUAUAUACAUAUAUUUAAUACACGCACAUAAACAUGAA